GAGUUUGCCGCAUGCGCAGUAGCGGGGGUAGGGUAGCCCCACGUCCCCUGACGUCCUGUUGACUGGGAGACAGCUGUGCCGGACGCCGCGAGGGACCUGUUGCUUCAUAACGCCUUUUGGGGGGUUAUCCCUGGAGUGUCUUUCGACCAACUCUGUCCCAGGCCUGUCCGCGUAAGACUGACCAUGGCUUCCGGCCACACGGUGCUGAUGCGGUUGGUGGCCUCAGCAUAUUCGAUAGCUCAGAAGGCAGGAACCAUAGUCAGACGUGUUAUCGCCGAAGGAGACCUGGGAAUCGUGGAGAAGACCAGUCCAACGGACCUGCAGACCAAAGCCGACCGACUGGCUCAAAUGAGCAUCUGCUCCUCCCUGGCACGGAAGUUCCCCAAACUAACCAUCAUUGGGGAAGAGGACCUGCCUUCUGAGGAAGUGGAUCAGGAGCUGAUUGAAGAUGGGCAGUGGGAAGAAAUACUCCGGAAGCCGUGCCCGUCACAGUACAGCACGAUUAAAGAGGAAGAUCUUGUGGUCUGGGUCGAUCCUCUGGAUGGCACCAAGGAGUACACUGAAGGUCUUCUUGACAAUGUAACCGUCCUGAUUGGAAUUGCUUAUGAAGGGAAAGCCAUAGCAGGAGUUAUUAACCAGCCGUAUUACAACUACCAGAACAAUGAAAAGCAGAAGUUGAGGGAACGCAGGAAGGAAGCAAAGGUGAGAAGAAUAGCUAGGGUUCUGGCUCCACUAGUUGGCAGCAAAGAGGCAGGGCCGGGUGCCGCGCUGGGAAGGACAAUCUGGGGAGUUCUAGGUUUGGGUGCCUUCGGGUUCCAGCUGAAAGAAGUGCCUGCUGGGAAGCACAUCAUCACCACCACCCGGUCCCACAGCAACAAGCUGGUCACCGACUGCGUCACCGCCAUGAACCCCGACGACGUGCUGCGAGUGGGCGGGGCGGGAAAUAAGAUCAUUCAGCUGAUUGAAGGCAAAGCCUCCGCUUACGUGUUUGCGAGUCCUGGCUGUAAGAAGUGGGACACUUGUGCUCCGGAAGUCAUCCUACACGCUGUGGGAGGCAAGUUAACCGACGUCCAUGGCAAUGCCCUUCAGUAUGACAAGGAAGUGAAGCACAUGAACUCCGCUGGGGUCCUGGCCUCGCUGAGGAACCAUGACUACUACGCCAGCCGCGUUCCCGAGUCUGUUAAAAAGGCACUCGUCCCCUAAGCCACAUCUGGUGGCCUUAGCUAGGGGGACAGCUGCAGGAGGAGAGGGAGGAGAGAGGACCACGUUCCCGAAGUCUCAGCCUUGGAUGAGGAUGUCCUUGAAGUUGAUCCUGACACUGAGGAAAUGCUGACACUCGCGGACUUGGGCAGUCUGUCCAGCCUGCAAGUCACUGAGCCUCCCGUUGGGAUGAAUUUCAAGACACCACGUGGAGCCGUUGGAGUCUGUGUGCUGUGCUGCAAUAUUAUCAAUAAACCACAGACAACCUAAAAACAUGCACUCAUUCUUUAAGGGAACAUUUCACUUACUUAGCUAGGAGGAGGACUUGCCUCUCAAAAUCAUACAGUUUAAGACUAAUGGGGUGUAAUCAGAGCACCCCCUUGACUUGAUUCUGCAUUGAUCAGUGAUCUGUUUUUAGGUACUUAGGAGAAAAUAGAUUUUACGAACUUGGUGAUUCAUUCAUCCACCAGACCAAUUUGAACAUCUGGAGAAUCUGUAAAGUCUGUCUGUCACAUUUCUGUUCCUCCUUUUAUUGGGAGAAGUAAAAGAAACGUUUAGUUCCAAUUGACUAUCCUUGUCAGUUGUUUAAUCAACAUUCCUAUUGUAUAAGCCAGAUUUUUUUAGGCCACAGAAGCACAAGUUGUUACCUGAAUCUCAUUCUUGUUUUCACAGUAAUUUUUAAAAAUUUCCAGUUAUGAACAUACUGAAAUGUUGUUAUGUAUGUUGAUGAAACAGAUUUAUGGAAAAAUGGCUUCUUUAUAAUAAAUUAUUUCAUUCUA